UGUCUUCGCCCCAUGAUGCUGUAGCACAUUCAGGUUGUCCAGUUGCCUGGAUAUUGAACUAAGAAACUGAAUGACUAACUCCUAGCUUAAGGGUGAACGAAAAUGGAUUGGCAUUCCCUUCAAUCUUUGUUGGGUGGAGUGAACAAGUAUUCCACAUCCCUGGGGAAGGUGUGGUUCUCCGUCAUUUUCAUCUUCCGUGUGCUGGUGUUGGUGGUGGCAGCCGAGACUGUAUGGGGAGAUGAACAGAGUGACUUUGUGUGCAACACACAGCAGCCUGGUUGUAGGAAUGUGUGCUACGACCGUUUCUUCCCCAUCUCUCACAUCAGGCUGUGGGUUUUCCAGCUCCUCUUUGUGUCCAUUCCAUCAUUUCUCAUCGGCAUGCAUGUUCAUCAAAGGAAAAAAUCCAGGAAGAACAUAAAAAUUUUUAAUCAGAAUGCAAAUUUGCAGAAAGUAAAAAUCGAUGCCCCUCUUUUACGAACUUACUUGGUCAGCAUUUUGUUUAAGUUGCUGUUUGAAGGCAUCUUUAUGUUCUUAUUCUACUGGAUUUAUGAAGGCUAUAAGAUGCUCAGACUGGUGAAAUGCAGUGAAUAUCCCUGUCCUAAUACUGUGGACUGUUUCAUUUCUAGACCAACUGAGAAAACGAUCUGUACGAUUUUCAUGUUAGUGACUUCAGCUGUCUGCAUGUUGCUGAAUGUUGCUGAACUUUGCUACUUAAUUGUAAAAUACUCUAUUUUUCAGUACAACCUGUGGAUUUCCAACAAAAACCAAUAA